CGUCGCUGCGCGCGUCCCCGCGAGGCCUCCUAGAGCCGGGUGGCGCAGGCGCAGUGUCCCCGGGCCAAAAUGGCGGCGCGGUGUUCCUCACGCUGGUUUCUGGUGGCUGUGGGGACCCCUCGGCUGCCGGCUGCAGCGGGGAGAGGGGUUCGGCCGCCCAGGGAGGGUGUAGUGGAGGCGUCGCUGAGUCGCAAACUGAGCGUCACCGCCUUCGUACCUCCUCUGGGAGCUCGAGGCCCAGGGACGCUGCUGACAUUGAGACCCGGUGUCAGCCUUACAGGAAUAAAAAGCUACCCCUUUGUUUGUACUGCCUCCUUCCACACAAGCGGCUCUUUGGCCAAAGAGGAUUAUUACCAGAUAUUAGGAGUGCCCCGCACCGCCAGCCAGAAAGAGAUCAAGAAAGCCUAUUACCAGCUUGCCAAGAAAUACCACCCCGACACAAAUAAGGAUGAUCCCAAAGCCAAGGAGAAGUUCUCCCAGCUGGCAGAAGCCUAUGAGGUGCUGAGUGAUGAGGUGAAAAGAAAGCAGUAUGAUGCUUACGGCUCGGCUGGCUUUGACCCUGGGGCCAGCAGCUCCGGACACAGCUACUGGAGGGGUGGCCCCACUGUGGACCCUGAGGAGCUGUUCAGGAAGAUCUUUGGGGAGUUCUCGUCUUCAUCGUUCGGAGACUUCCAGAGCGUAUUUGAUCAGCCGCAGGAGUACAUCAUGGAGCUGACAUUCAACCAAGCUGCCAAGGGCGUCAACAAAGAGUUCACUGUCAACAUCACGGACACCUGUGAGCGGUGUGACGGCAAAGGGAACGAACCCGGCACGAAGCUGCAGCACUGUCACUACUGUGGAGGCUCCGGCAUGGAAACUAUAAACACAGGCCCAUUUGUGAUGCGCUCCACCUGUCGGCGGUGUGGCGGCCGAGGCUCCAUCAUCACGUCGCCGUGCGUGGUCUGUAGAGGGACAGGGCAGGCCAAGCAGAAGAAGAGAGUGGUGAUUCCGGUGCCUGCCGGAGUGGAGGAUGGCCAGACUGUGAGGAUGCCUGUGGGAAAGAGAGAGAUUUUCGUCACCUUCAGGGUGCAGAAAAGCCCUGUGUUCAGGAGAGACGGCGCAGACAUCCACUCUGACCUCUUCAUCUCUGUAGCUCAAGCCAUUCUGGGUGGGACAGCCAGAGCCCAGGGCCUUUAUGAGACCAUCAAUGUGGCGAUCCCCCCUGGAACUCAGACAGACCAGAAGAUACGAAUGGGUGGGAAAGGCAUCCCCCGGAUUAACAGCUAUGGCUACGGUGACCACUAUAUCCACAUCAAGAUCCGAAUUCCAAAGAGGCUGACAAGCCGGCAGCAGAGCCUGAUCCUGAGCUAUGCCGAGGACGAGGCAGAUGUGGAUGGGACAGUGAACGGCGUCACUAGCACCAGCACUGGUAGCAGCCCCAUGGAUAGCUCUAGUCGAGAGGCUGGGGAGGACAAGGAGGGAUUCCUUUCCAAACUUAAGAAAAUGUUUACCUCCUGAUAGCCCAGCCGAGG